UAAAAAGUGAAGAACGAAUCCUUUGUCAUAGAAGUUGAUAAUCGAUUGCGGCUCAAUGUUUAUUAUCGAUCUUGCAUGCUUCUAGCCGUACAUUUUUCAUUCCGCCAAAUUCAAGUUGAAUUUUACAAUUUUAAAUUUAAAAUUCUAAAAAAUAUACAUUCUGUGAUGUCAUUUUAUAAAAUAUUUGCCAUAUUCUGCUACCUUAUUGUUUUAUUAUUUUCCGACAAUGUUAAUUCGACCGGUUCCGAUAUUUCAAUCGAUCCGAAUGGAUAUUUACUUUAUUGUCCAUGCAUGGGACGUUUUGGAAAUCAAGCCGAACAAUUAGGAACUUUACAAUUUGCCAAAUCAAUUGAUCGAACAUUGAUUUUACCACCAUUCAUUGAAUAUGUUGAUUAUAAAGUAACUUUUCAACCAUUUGAAGAUAUUUUAGAGAUUGAUCCUAUUCGUGAAUAUCAUCGAGUGAUGACAAUGCAAGAUUUCUUGUCAAAAUUAGCACCAUUAAUUUGGAAACAUGAAAAUCGAAGUAUCACUUGUUAUUCUUCAAGAAAUUUUUCAAACAAUGAAAAAAAUCAAGGUUGUAAUCCUUUUGAAGGAAGUCCUUUCAAAGAAUUCUGGUAUCAUUUGGGCGUUCGAGAAUUUCCUUUAGGUUCACUUUACUAUAAACCCUUACAUACUGAUUAUAAUUAUUCGAAUGAAUGGAAACAAAAAUUCCACAAUGUUCCAGUAUUAGCUUUAGUAGGUGCACCAUCAUCAUUUCCAACAAAUAGUAAAGCAGUAAAAUUGUCCAAAUAUAUUUACUUUACAAAAAGUAUCAUGGAAAAAGCCCAAAAAUAUCGAGAUGAAAGAGGAUUCGCAAGAAAACCAUAUUUAGCUAUCCACCUACGUCAUGGCACUGAUUGGAUUCGAGCCUGUGAACUGAUCCAUUCUAAUCCUGAUUUAAAACAGCUUUUCAGUUCUCAACAAUGUUUAGGCGAUAAUGAUAAACAUCGAUGGCUAAACAACUGGAUAACAUUUGAUCUUUGCUUUCAUUCUUUCGAGCAAAUAAUCGAAGGGAUAAAAUUAUCAUUACAAUCAUAUAACAACCAGGAUGAAGUGAAACGAAAUGAAAAAGAGCCAAUCCAACAUAUCUACAUAGCAACCGAUUUUAAUAACGAAUCAUUAUGGCUGGAUUUGAAUCAAACAUUGACAAAACAUUUUUCAUCAUUGACUUUGAUUACGCCAAGCUUGACCCUCAAUACAAUGAAUGGAACAUUUAGUGAACAUAAUAAACAGGCACAUUUUCUCAUCGAUCUCUAUCUUUUAUCACAUUCAAACGUUUUUAUCGGCAAUUGUAUUUCAUCAUUCAGUGCUUUCGUCACACGAUAUCGCUUAUAUCGAUUUAAUUUCUUUCACACUACACAUUUUUUUGCUUUCCAUCGACCAAAUUCUGUUCAUCUACGUGAUGAACUUUAAUGAAUGAAAAAGAAAACGAUCAAUAAUAACUGUAAAUAUGAUGA